GGAUAAAACUUUGAACUUUUUAAGACACAGUUUCUAUUGAGCUGCGGUGACGCUGUAGCUUGAGGGUGAAAUUAUACUUUUUAAAGCGAGGCGGCUGUGAGGGGCUGGAUGAGAGGAGGAGUUUUUCUCUCACUUGUGGAAUAAAGGCGACGCGGAGCUGCAUGAAGACACUGCAGCAACCAGAGCUCAGAUGUAAGAUUUAUGUGCUUGAUAUUGUAGACGUAGUACAUUAUGGGAAAAUUGUGUGCAAGUAGCUAAAGUGCGAGUGUUUACAGUCUCCAGACAGAGUGCCUCCCUGACCCCUGCAUUAUAACCAGUGGAGGAAACAGAAUCUCGGAUUCGAUUUUGGGGCUUAAAUAAGGAAGAUGCAGGAUUACGAGGAGUCCGUCUUGUUUCUGGGCAGCUGGGGCCCGUUCCAGAGGAGAAUCUUCUUUGUUCUUUCCCUCGCCUGCGUUCCAUGUGGAUACAACAUCCUGUCUGUCAUCUUCCUGCUGGCCAGCCCCCCACACCACUGUAACAUCCCUGCCCACAGCAACCUGAGCCAGGAGUGGAUCCAGGCCAUCAUCCCAGUAGAGCAGGUGGCCGGGCAGCCGGAGAAAAGCAGCUGCAGCCGGUACGAGCUGGACCUGGUUAGGAACCUGUCUGCAUUUGGAGUCAGUCCAAACUGGUUGCAGAACCAGUCGGCGUCGGAAUCGAGGCCAGAGGCUCUUCUGUCACAGCUGAAGCGGGAGGCCUGUAGAGAUGGAUGGAACUACAGUACGGAGCACUUCCAGUCCACUGUGGUCACGGAGUUUGACCUGGUGUGCAGCGACCAGUGGAAGCAACCUCUGACCUCUCUCGUCUACUUUCUGGGAGGACUUUCUGGAUGCUUCAUCUCCGGACUAAUCUCUGACCGGUUUGGCAGGAAGCCCGUCCUGUUCGGGUCUAUCGCCGUCCUCAGCAUCUUCAGCAGUGCUGUGGCUCUCGCUCCAUCCUGGCCUGUCUUCACUGUUCUCUUCUUUAUGCUGGGCCUGGGUCAGAUCGCCUCAUACAUAGCCGUGUUUGUGCUGGGCUCAGAAAUCCUCGUGGGCUCCAGCAGAAUCCUCUUCUCCAGUCUGGGCCAGCCUUUCGUCUAUGUAUCCUCCAUGAUGCUGCUGCCAGGAACCGCGUACCUGGUCAGGAGCUGGAGACACCUGUCGCUCAUCAUGGCUGUGCCUGGCUUGGCUUGCAUCCCCCUCUGGUGGCUGGUUCCAGAGUCUCCUCGCUGGCUGCUGUCUCGGGGCCGCUUGCAGGAGGCCGAGCUUCUGCUGAGGUCAGCGGCUCUGGAGAACCAAGUGGAAGCUCCUCCAGUCAUUUUUCUCCCUCCCAAGGCUGAAAAAUCAGCGACACAUCAAGCAGAGUCUGUCAGCUUCCUGGACCUGCUGAAGACUGCAAACAUCCGGCAUAUAACACUGAAGCUGUGGCUAAUUUGGUUUUCUAUGAGCGCCAGCUACUUUGGCUUGUCCUUCAGCAUGUCCACUUUGUAUGGCAACCCCUUCCUGAACUACUUCCUGUUCACAGCUGUGGAGCUCCCGGCGUACUUUGCCAGCUGGCUGGCUGCACGCAGCUUCCCUCGCCGCCUUUCGUUCAUCGGCUUCUCCCUGCUGGGUGCGCUGGCGCUGCUCUUCAUCCAGGGCACCAUGAAAAGUUACCCAACGCUUACCAUGUCCCUAGUACUGUUGGGUAAAUUUGGUAUUCUGGCAGGAAAUGGGGUGAUGUACAUCUACACCGGAGAGCUGUCUCCCACAGUCAUCAGAAAUACGGCGAUGUCUUCCUGUGCCAUGUUCUCCAGAGUGGGAUCCUCUGUGUCACCAUAUUUGCUUGAGAUGGCUGAGUUUAACAAGCUUCUACCCUGGAUUACUUUGGGCGCUCUGUCACUUCUCGGCGUUCUUCUCUGCAUCUUCCUGCCAGAAACGUUCCGACAGCCACUUCCUGACACCAUUGAGCAGAUGCCGGUCAUGCAGUGGUUUGCAUGUCCCUGGGCCUGCAAAACAGCUCUGAAAGAAGAAGAAAAAAUUGCUAAGAAGCAGACUCCAUCAAUUGAGAUCAUCUACACGACUUGUUUAUAAAGCAGCCACUACCAGAACCAAGCUGUAUAGUUCUUUUUAUUUCAGAAAUACUCUGAAGGAGUUUAAAGUCAUGCAUCAACAAGUCUUCCAUGCAGCGAGAAAGAGAAUGUUGUGGGACUCAGAAACAACCUAAACUCAAAUUGACCUAAGAGUGAGAGACAUGAAAGCACACCGCAGCCUGCUGCAGCAAAUAACUUUUGCGCUUUGUUUCACCGAAGGACUGAAAUGCUGGAACUGAGAUGAGGAACGCAAUAUACGGUACAUAGAACUGAAAACGAAAGAACACUAUGAAGACAUCCUAUGAUGGUUUUCUGACAUCAGUAAUUUCUGAAUAUUCAGUUAGUUAAAUUAUUAAAUUGUUUUGGAAAUUA